UACAAAAGGUACACAUCAAAGAUGGCGUCUGUCUCUGCAGCGCUGUGGAAAGGAUUAUAUGUCGUUUUGUUGUGUUAUAUACAUCAUGUUAUCAGUUAUCCUACCGGUGCACCGACCUCAGUAUGUGAGUCCAUGAUGCCAGGGCACCCAGUGGGGCCCCAGACUACGCAGAGUCCUUACACUGUGAGCUCUAACGAGGUAACCUACAACGGGGAUGUCGUAUUCGUGACUGUCAGUGGUGGAAAUGGGUUUGCUGGCAUACUCUUACAAGCUCGUGUGAUAGGGUCUUCCACCCCCAUAGGGACGUGGUUAAGCCCACCCACCGAUACCAUGACGAUUGAUUGUGUCACCACUGCCGAUUCUGUCACUCAUUCGAAUUCAAACACUAAACCAAAUACUGUGGUGUUCGCGUGGCUAGCGCCAUCUACGAACGUUGGUUCAAUACAAUUCAUGGCAACUAUUGUAAAGUCACAGAAUGAGUACUGGGUCCAGGUGACGUCACCGACCAUUCAGUUUAAUGGUGGCGCUGUUCAACCAUGUGCAAGCAAUCCUUGCAGAAAUAAUGGAGGCUGUACAAACACGUUAUCGAACACAGCCUAUACGUGUGCUUGUCCGCAGUAUUACACAGGAACAAACUGUGAAAUCUACAACCCACCAAAUUCAGGACCAUGUGCGUCUAAUCCCUGUGAAGGUAUUGGAACUGGACUGUGCUUGGAAUCGUCAAAUGGCCUUACUUAUACAUGUUUGUGUGUUGACGACACAACCAGCCUAACGUGCGACGAUGGUACCGUAUCUCAAACAUGUUCACCUAACCCUUGUAUGAAUGGCGGGACUUGUUUUACUAGUCAAGAUGGUAAUGGGUAUAUUUGUGGCUGCACAUCGGCAUGGACUGGGGUCAUCUGUCAAACUUUUGUUGUUCCAGACCCGUGUGUUUCUAAUCCCUGUCUGUAUGGAGGCGCGUGUGCUCAGAAUACUGGCGGCUACACGUGUACAUGUGUGAAUGGAUACUAUGGAGAUCGAUGUGAAAACCCUCCCGUACCUUCAAAUCCGUGCGACUCCAACCCUUGUCUGAAUAGUGGACAGUGUUUCGCGACCAAUUCUAAUACAGCCUACUUCUGUCAAUGUAGUGGUACUGGUUAUACAGGAUCUAGAUGUGAAAUGUUGGUUAAUCCCUGCUCUCCCAAUCCUUGUCUUAACGAGGCCCAGUGUUUCACAGCUGGCGACGGUUCAAACUAUUACUGUAUUUGUAACGGUGAAUACACUGGCACUCUCUGUGAAACUCCAAUAGCACCAGAUGCUUGUUUUGCCUCGCCAUGUCUGAACGGAGGUACAUGUACUGCCUCAUCAACAACGUCAACUGGAUAUUUCUGUAGCUGUGCUUUUGGAUUCUCUGGAACAAAUUGUCAGACCGACGCAUGUGGUGCUUUUACUUGUCAGAAUGGUGGUACAUGUGUGCGAACAUCAGCAACAACUUACAUGUGUAAUUGCGUCACUGGAUAUACAGGAACCAACUGCCAAACAGCUGUAUCUGCGUGUACCUCUACAUCGUGCUUUAACGGUGGCACAUGCAUACCGACAGGAAGUUUCACUUUUAUUUGCAAUUGCCCAACCGGCUACAGCGGUGAUCGAUGUAGUACGUUCGUAUCAUCGUGUACAGCGAGUACUUGUUUUAACGGCGGUACGUGCAUCCCAAAUGGUUCCACAUAUACAUGUUUAUGUGCGCUUGGAUAUACUGGAACUCGCUGUGAAAAUUAUGUCUGUAACACUAACCCGUGUCUGAACGGUGGUACGUGUACACCGUCAUCGGGCACUACUGGAUACUACUGUAACUGUCUCACCGGAUACUCUGGGUCCAGCUGUCAGACCGACGUAUGUGGCACUUUUCCGUGCCAAAAUGGAGGUACAUGUGUGAGAAUGUCGACAACAAAUUACAUGUGCAAUUGCGGCAGUGGAUAUACGGGAACCAACUGCGAAACAGUCGUGUCGCAGUGUACAGCGAAUACUUGUUAUAACGGCGGGACUUGUAUACCGAGUAGUUCAGGCUACACGUGCUAUUGUGUAAGCGGAUAUACAGGAACACAGUGCCAGACUUCGACCGUAGCUUGCUUCCCUAACCCUUGUAUUAAUGGUGGCACGUGUUCGCCCAGUGGUAAUGCUUACAUAUGCCAGUGUCCCAGUCAAUAUACCGGAUACAAUUGCGAACAUUUGGGCACGUUUGAUGCAUGUAGCAGUGGUCCAUGCUUGUAUGGUGGGACAUGUAAUACUGUGGUGGAUGGAUUUUAUUGCAACUGUGUAACUGGAUAUUCUGGAACGCGGUGCGAAAUCACACCAGAUCCCUGCUCACCAAUCAACCCGUGCUUGCAUGGCGGUACCUGCAUCAAACAGUCUAGUACUGCCUUCUAUUGCCAGUGUCUGAGUGGAUAUAGUGGAACCACUUGUGACGUUAUCCCAGUCAAUGUGUGCAAUAAGAACAACCCUUGUCAAAAUGGAGCAACAUGUACCAAUCAGGGCAGCGGCGUGUACACGUGUCUGUGCGUCUAUGGAUACAGUGGCACCAAUUGUGAGAUGGAAAUCAAUCCUUGUCUAAGUGAUCCUUGUCUCCAUGGCUCCACAUGUACAAACUAUGUGUAUAGUUAUUCCUGCGCAUGCACACCCUACUACUAUGGAACAAACUGCGAAAUAGAGCGCGAUCCUUGUACUAACGUUCCAUGUCGAAACCAGGGCACAUGCAUUAACGACGGAGGCGGUGUUUAUCACUGUAAUUGUGGCACGAGCUUUGAAGGAGAGUUUUGCGAGACCCGUAAGAAUCCGUGCACCAGUAAUCCUUGCCAGAAUAAUGGAGCGUGUAUUAAUUUGUCGGUGUAUUAUCAAUGCGACUGUCUUAGUGGCUAUGGCGGAAUCAAUUGUGAAACGGUGAUUGAUCCAUGCGUCAGUUUACCCUGUCAAAAUGGCGGCACAUGUCAAAUGAGUGCUAAUGGUUUUACUUGUACCUGCGAUAAACGAUACACUGGAACGACUUGUCAGACUGAUGUUAACGCAUGCUCAAGUAAUCCUUGUCAAAAUGGUGGAACCUGUUCCAACUACUUCCACUCAUUUUUCUGUAUUUGUCCUUCUGGAUAUUCCGGAGAUGUUUGUAAUGAUGAUUAUAACGAAUGUAACAGCAAUCCAUGUAAGAACGGCGGCACGUGCAAUGAUGGUCAAUCACGGUAUGACUGUACUUGUAUGCCUGGUUUUACAGGUACCAAUUGUGAAGAAAAUAUUCACGACUGUGCACAAUUUCCUUGCUUAAAUGGUGGUGUUUGUACGGAUCUUAUCAAUGAUUAUCAGUGCUUAUGUCAGUUGGGAUACACGGGAAAAAAUUGCCAAACAAAUGUCGACGACUGUGCUGUUAGUCCCUGUAGAAAUGGCGGCACUUGUAUUGACAAAGUAAACGGAUAUGAUUGUAUAUGUGCUGUAGAUGGGGUGGACUUACAUGUGAAUCAGAGGUUGGGUGCAUUGCCAGAUAUACAAUACCAGAAUGUGGCUCAGUUCAGAUCAAAUCGCCAAAUUAUCCCAACAGCUACAACAAUGACGCCACCUGUUCUUGGACGAUUGUUGCCACAGAUGGCCACUUAAUUCGGAUUAUCAUUCAGGAUUUCAGCACGGAAUCCAUGUACGACUAUGUUGACAUUGGUGAAGGUGAAAACAGCGAUAGCAUUGGAACACUUUUGACAAGGCAUUCCGGGGACGAACUGCCUGCUCCACACACUGUGAUGUCGGAGACUAGCACAGUCUGGAUCACAUUUGUAAGCGACACUGAUAAAGUAGCUAAAGGAUUUAAGAUUGAUCUUCAGGAUGAAUGCAUGCCUAUUAUCGAUGCUUGUUACAACAGACCUUGUCAGAAUGGAGGCAUUUGUACAGAAAUUGACGGCGACGGUAAUUAUGAAUGUAGCUGUCCUCAGGAGUACAGUGGUGACAAUUGCGAGAUGUAUCGUCCAAAUCCUUGUCUAUCCAGUCCAUGCAAGAAUGACGGUACCUGCCGUAUUUUGAACUACGGUGAAUUGUUCGAUUGUCGUUGUCCACCACAGUACCGGGG